CGUUGAAAAAGUCGCGGCGCUCAGACAUGUCAAAAGUUCACGUGAACUUGCAGUAGGAGUUUCUCAAUACACAUAUAUAGAGCUGCACUGACAUACCUAUAAUAUAUCUACAUAUCUACACGCAAGCUUACAAAAUACAUCCCUAUCUAUAACAUACGUUAAGAAGACACAGACCGAAGAAAAAGUACGUGCGUGCGCUGCUGCGGUGCAGUAGCUUUCUCUCUCUCUAUAGUCUCUCGUGUCCUCGGCAGUUCCGAAAAAUCCACUCUACGUAUUAGUAUUAUACUUUCCGGCGCGAUGCCAUUCGCGAGUGUAGAGUGAACAAAUUUCGCUCGUCUUAAGUCGUCGGCGGCGGCUUGUAUUCGGAUCCGAACGUGAGCAGGAGAGCAGGCACUUCGAGAACAGCAAGAUGAGCUCCUUGAUUCGACGAAGGUUUCACUCAUUCGUAAACUCAAUUACAAGGCACCAGAAUGCCAUUGGUGCCAAGCGGAGCCAGCAGACGAAUGCUGCUUUGAAUUCCACCACAGAAACCCAUCAGUUUUCCAAUGACGUUGUGCCUGUUUUUAAAUAUGCUGCACAAUAUGGAGAUCGAGCAGCACUGCGUGAUAUGCAUGGAGACUACACCUACAGAGGUCUACUGUUAAGUGCAAAACAGUUUGCGAACGAAUUAAACGAACUACUAGGAGAAGGAAGCCAAGAGAGAAUAGCUUUCUUACUUCCCAAUGAUGCAAGCUAUGUCAUAACUCAGUGGGCUUGCUGGAUCAGUGGUCAAAUAGCGGUACCUCUAAACGAUCAACACCCGGCGCCUGUGCUUGACUAUUACAUCACGGACUCGGAUGCAAGAGUUUUCGUGACGACGCAAGAACAUUUGCCAAUCAUCGAGCCUCUCAUAGCCAAGAGCAAUAGGCGCCUCAUUGUUUUUGAUAAUGCGCUGCGAGUCUUGGCAUCGAAGCCAGACGGCAAGUUGGCCAACAACAAAGGCAACAUCGAACGUGACUUCGGGAACUUCCUGGACGCGGGCGUCCCGGGCGACUUUUACAAUAAGAGCGAUGCCAUGUUUGUUUACACUUCCGGUACAACCAGCAAACCGAAAGAGAUAGCUGGAGGCGUAGUACUGAGCCACAAGAAUAUCCAGUCUCAGGUGAGCUCUCUGGUGACGGCCUGGAAACACACUGACAAGGACGUAUUUCUGCACACACUACCCCUGCAUCAUGUGCACGGCAUCAUCAACGUGCUCCUGUGUCCUCUCUACGUCGGUGGCCGUUGUGUUAUGUUGCCCAAAUUUUCGCCGUCGAGCGUCUGGGCUCAAAUUACAGCUGUGAAUAUGCAGAACAGCGAGAGGAUCAACGUUUUCGCGGCUGUUCCAACUAUUUACAUGAAGUUGAUUCAGGAAUAUGAUCAGCUGUUUGUGAAUAACGAUAAAAUUAAGGAAUACAUAUUUAAUGUAUGCACCACUAAGAUCAGGUUAAUGGUCAGUGGGUCGGCACCGCUGCCAAAGCCAAUAUUCGAUAGAUGGGAAGAAAUCACAGGACAUCGAUUACUAGAGAGAUACGGUAUGACCGAAGCCGGUAUGAUUUUGUCGAAUCCUCUCGAUGGAGAACGCAUUCCAGGAACUGUAGGAACACCACUUCCGGGUGUGGAGAUUAGGCUAACCGAACCUGAGUCAACCGAUAGCGUUCCAACCAUUGCACCAAAAGUACUCUUAUAUGGAAAUUCAAAAAGUAGCAAAGUUUUAAGUGAUUCAAAAGAUCUUGUGACCGGCGAUCUGCAAGUAAAAGGUGUCAACGUUUUUAAGCGUUACUGGGAUAGACCAGAAGUAACAAAAAAAUCUUUCACGGACGAUGGAUGGUUCAAAACUGGCGAUACUGUGCAGUACGAUAAUGGCAUUUAUAGGAUGUUAGGCCGCACUUCGGUUGAUAUUAUUAAAACUGGCGGCUACAAAGUAAGUGCGGUUGAGGUCGAAACAGUUAUUCUAGGCCACCCUGAUAUCAUCGAUUGCACAGUGGUUGGAGUUAACGAUUUGACAUGGGGACAAAGAGUUGCAGCAGUCGUAGUCUUAAACGAAGGUGCCGAAUUAAUACUAUCCCAGCUUCGUGAAUUUGCAAAGAAAUCACUGGCGAGUUAUGCUGUACCCAGUAUACUCAAAGUUGUUAACAAGAUUCCGAAAAAUAGCAUGGGAAAGGUCAACAAACCCGAUAUAAUUCGCAUACUUUUUCCCCAAGAAGAUCUUGCAGCAGAAGUUUUUAUUAAGAAGCCAGAAACUUCUGAACCAGUAGCUGCAUCCACAUCAGAACCCGUCACCAAGAAAGACGACACCCCGAAGAAGGACAACUCAUAAAAAAAUCACUCAUCCACGGAUAUAAAAGGUGAAAGAAAAACGCGCCGCGCGCUUCUUAAGACCCCGUGACUGAUUCUAUUUUCUGUUUGUUGUAAGAUAUUUAAGUUAUAUAAGUCAGUAAUUUGUAGCCUAGUUUCGUAGGCUAGUCUUUCUCUAUCUUUGAAAUUUUUUAAUAAAAUUCUUGGGAAGGCUGAAAAUCUAAAUCGUCCUAUUUACUAUAGAAAUUUAUAAUAACGAUACGUGGACUUAUUUUUACGCGAAUACAUUGUAAGGUCGAUAACUAAUUAUAACACGGACAUUUAAUUUUCAGCCUCCCUCGAUAAUUUUAUUUUGAUGGAGAUGAUACAUUGUAGAAGUGAAAACAAAAAUUUACACACGUACUCAGACGACAAAAAACAACUAUGAACAAAGCCAAAUAUUUUUACGUUUGAAUUAUGCGCCUGUAUAUCGAAACUUGCAAUGAAUACUUAGUUGAUGAACUUAGUUUAAUCGAAGUUUAAAUCGAAUUAGCAGUACUGGUAUUCACAUGUAGGAGCGUACGCAGUGUUUACUAAACAUAGAAAAAAAGUACUUGUUAUGUUCACGCGAUGAUAUGAAGAAUAAGUGAUCUUUAUGCUGUGCGUUAAUUUUCGAAAAUUCUCGCUUAAUUAAGGCUUUGUUUUUAUUUGACAAAAGUUAUUGUUUAAGAGUAGAAACGUCAUCACUCGGUGAUUGCGUAUUUUCGUUAAUGACUAGAUUUUAGGAGUUUAAGUACGUAUACGCUCGUUUACGGUUUUUAACUUCGUUGAAACCAAUCAUCGAUUAGGGAAUCAAAAAGUAACGCACGCAUUUUCUACAACAAACAAACUUACUGUUGCAUGAGUGUGAAGAAUCGGUAAAAGAGGGAAACAUAGAGUGUGUGUGUGUGUGUGUGUUGUGUAUGAGGCUGAAAACAAUGUCGGCAGGUGUGAUCCGAUGUGUACGGAUAAAAAAUAUCCGAUAGCACGUAAGAGAGUUUGUUAGUCACUACAACUUCACAAGUCAUUAUGAAAGCUUUAUUAAUAAAUAAAUUAAACAUCAAGUUGAAAACUGUCGAAUA